CAAAUAAAUGGAAAGCUAAAUAAGACGUUUGUUUUGUAGAGAGAAAAUCAGACAAAUAUUCGUAAACGUCGAAGAACGUAUAGUAAAUACAUAGGUUAUAGUAAAAACAUUAGUUAACGCAAACCUAACUUUUUUCAAAGUGAAAAAAACCAAAAUGAAAACAUUUUAUUGCUUGCUUUUAAUUCCAACUGUGUUAAGCUUGCGAUGCGCAAAUCAUUUUUCCUCUUACCCGGAACUAAAUAUAGAAAAGUUAGAAAAAGAGGCAUCAAUGAUGAAAGGUUACUACGAUAUGGUAAAAGCCUCCGAAAAUCUAAAAGCAGAAUGCAAUGUUUGCGUUUUUUUAAAAUUUAGUAACUUGACAAUAGAUGGACUUCCUCGUUCUAUAACAGUACAAAGUUGCAUAGGCGCCUACAUUGAAUUGGUUUGCAAUCCAUCAUUAUGUGAUACAAUGAGAUCUGGUAAUAUCGGUUGUGAGAUAUAAUACACGCGAUUAUUC